GGCAUCAAGUGGCAUAGACGGAAAUAUUUUUUUAGGAAUGUUUCCUGGAAGGCAAACGGGGGGUAGUAGACUCGGUAACACUCGGUAAACACUCGAUAAACAAUUAUUUUAUUCGUGGUGGUGUGUGGCGGUGUACGUAUUGUGAAACAAAGCAAGAGGUGAUUUGAAUAAUAUCAAAAUAUUAAAAAAAAAAGAGUUAUUACAAGCAGUCAUCAUGUCCAUUGUAAGAGUUUUAAGACAUAACAAUACAUUAACCACAUUGUCAUCCGUGCCAUCGCACGUUUUUAAGAAUUUAAGAUUUUUAUCAUCGUAUACGAAGUUUUCGGAACAUAAACCAUUGGAGAAAAUUCGAAAUAUCGGUAUUUCCGCCCAUAUUGAUUCUGGAAAAACUACGUUGACAGAACGUAUAUUAUUUUAUACAGGAAGAAUCUCUCAAAUGCACGAGGUGAGAGGUAAAGACAAUGUUGGAGCAACAAUGGACAGUAUGGAAUUAGAAAGACAAAGAGGCAUUACCAUUCAAUCAGCAGCAACAUACACAUUAUGGAAGAAUCACAACAUUAAUAUCAUCGAUACCCCAGGCCAUGUGGAUUUCACAGUUGAAGUAGAAAGAGCUCUGCGUGUUUUAGAUGGAGCUAUACUUGUAUUGUGUGGAGUUGGUGGUGUUCAAUCCCAAACAAUGACUGUAAAUAGACAAAUGAAAAGGUACAAUGUACCUUGCCUAGCAUUUAUCAAUAAACUAGAUAGGAUGGGUGCAAAUCACAAAAGAGUCUUAGAACUUCUACGUACCAAACUGCACCAUAAUGCUGCAUUUCUACAAUUACCUAUUGGUUUAGAGAGUAACCAUAAAGGAAUAAUAGAUCUUAUUUUACAAAAAGCUAUAUACUUUGAAGGAGAUUAUGGUGAAGUGAAUAGAGAAGAUGAAAUUCCAUCAAAUAUGAGAUCAGAGGCACAAGAUGCUAAACAACAAUUAAUUGAACACUUAAGUAAUGUUGACGAUAAGGUAGCAGAAAUGUAUUUAAAUGAAAUACCAAUUAAGGAAGAAGAUAUUAAAAAGGCUAUCAGUAGAUGUUGUUUACAAAGGACUUUUACACCUGUUCUACUUGGGUCUGCAUUAAAGAAUAAGGGUGUUCAACCACUAUUGGAUGCAGUACUGGAAUAUUUACCAAAUCCUGGUGAAGUUCAAAACUAUGCACUUAAAGAGAAUGAGAAAGAGACUAUUAAAGUACCUUUAAGUCCUGAAAGAAGCGAUAAUCAUCCAUUUCUUGGGUUAGCAUUUAAAUUAGAAGCUGGCAAAUUUGGACAACUAACAUAUUUCCGUUGUUAUCAAGGAAUGUUGAAAAAAGCAGACAAUAUAUACAAUACAAGAACAAGGAAAAAGGUUCGUGUGCAAAGGUUAGUACGACUUCACUCGAAUCAAAUGGAAGAUGUAACCGAAGUUUAUGCCGGAGACAUUUUUGCUGUGUUUGGUAUAGACUGCGCGUCAGGCGAUACAUUUGUCAAUAUUCCUAAUUCAGACCUAUCAAUGGAAUCUAUUUAUGUACCUGAUCCUGUAGUAUCAAUGUCCAUUCAACCAAAACAUUCAAAAGAUAGAGAAACAUUCUCAAAAGGUAUCGCACGAUUCACUAAAGAAGAUCCGACAUUCAGAUUACACUAUGACACAGACAACAAGGAAACUAUCGUUUCUGGCAUGGGAGAAUUACAUUUAGAAAUUUACGGGCAAAGACUGGAACGGGAAUACAAUUGCCCUAUUAUUCUUGGAAAACCGAAGGUCUCCUUUCGCGAAACAUUGCGUGAGCCUUGCGAAUUCGAUUAUCUUCAUAAGAAACAGUCGGGAGGAGCUGGCCAGUUUGGCCGAGUAAUUGGUGUUCUAGAGCCUCUUCCACCGCACCAGAAUACUAGCGUGUUGUUCAAGGAUGAAACGGUAGGAAUGAAUGUUCCUAAACAAUUCGUUCCGAGUAUAGAAAGAGGGUUCAGAUUCAUGUGCGAAAAGGGACCUCUCAUUGGAAACAGACUAGCGGGCGUUAAAUUCAGAUUACUUGACGGUAUGAACCACUGUGUCGAUUCUUCGGACCUAGCAUUCUUUCUAGCAGCGCAAGGUGCAAUGCGAGAAAUGUACGAAAAGGCAUCGUGGCAAAUUUUAGAACCGAUUAUGACUGUAGACGUGACUGCUCCAAUGGAGUUUCAAGGCGUAAUCUUAACCCACAUGACAAGACGAAACGGUAUCAUAUCUAGUAUGGAUGCUUCCGAUGGAUGGUUUGUUUUAACCGCAGAAGUUCCGUUGAAUGAGAUGUUCGGUUAUGUCGGAACCCUAAGAUCUUCCACCCAAGGGAAAGGAGAGUACACUAUGGAAUACGCAAGAUACAGUCCCUGUACGCCAGCCAUAGAAGAACGAUUGAUAAAAGACUAUCAAAUGUCUCAAAAUACAGAUACCAAUGUACAGAAAAAAAGAAAUUAAGGAAAAUACACGUUCGCGAUACAGUAGGAGUUAAUACAACUUUGUAUGAUACAUGAUGUAUAUGAAUAGAAAUAACCGAAUGUAAGUUGAAAAUAUAGGUACGAUUGUGAUACACGUUAAAAAACGCAAUAUAAAUUAAAUUCAUUUUGAUCCGGAGCUGGAUCUCCGUUCAUUAAGAAAG